CACAAAACAAAACGUACUACAACGAGUUGUGUUGAAAGUUGAAACCCAAAGCAAAAGCAAAGAAGGUGUGUGUAUCUCUCGGGCAUGGCUCUUGUGACUCGAAAUGCAGCCACGUGGCGCCUCCCUCAAAGAGUAUUUUCCGUUUCUGUCCACAAUGGUUCCUCCGGCACCGGCGCUCCCACUCAGUAUGCUGCGUCACCAUCUCCGGCGACUUCCUCUCCCGUCGGCGUCUCGAAGCCGGCGGAGUACGUUAUUGCGAAGGUAGAUAGCCUCUUGAACUGGGCCCGGCGCGGAUCCAUAUGGCCCAUGACGUUUGGGCUGGCUUGCUGCGCUGUCGAGAUGAUGCACACCGGUGGGGCCCGCUACGAUUUGGACCGCUUUGGCAUCAUCUUCAGGCCUAGCCCACGCCAAUCCGAUUGCAUGAUCGUUGCCGGUACCCUCACCAAUAAGAUGGCUCCUGCUCUUCGCAAAGUUUAUGAUCAAAUGCCUGAGCCAAGGUGGGUGAUUUCUAUGGGAAGUUGUGCUAAUGGAGGUGGAUACUACCAUUAUUCCUACUCUGUUGUUAGAGGAUGUGACAGAAUUGUUCCUGUUGACAUAUAUAUUCCGGGUUGUCCUCCAACUGCAGAGGCUUUGCUAUAUGGCCUCCUCCAACUCCAGAAGAAGAUCAAUAGGCGCAAGGACUUCCUCUGGUGGUGGACCAAGUGA